UCGACGCGGGAGGGUGCUUGUCCUUGUCGUGUGUUUAGUGAGAUAGCGGUGCAGUGUUUUGUUGUCACAGCAUCCUCGACGGCCCUGUACCCCGGUGGCGAAAUUAUUACCGAUUUAUCAAGGUCGAAUCGUUGCUGAAUCUCGCGGCUCGUGAUCAUUUCACUUUUAUAUAGUCGUACUGUGCUUCCUUACUGUUGUACAUACGUACGAUUGUAGGUACGGUUUUUACUACAGGACUCGGCGAUCACGCGAGAGGAAUGCACCAAAGAGAGUUGAAGAGUUUGGUAUUAUACACAUGGUAUUGAUACUGAACACGAUGUCAAUGGAUUGAUGGUCGUCAAUUUGAGAUCGUAAAUGUAGCUUGUCUGCUGGAUUUUUUGAGUGCGAAAGAGGAUCAUGACUAAGAGCCAUCGCGUGGCUCUGAACAGGCUGUUGCCGCAGGUGAUACACGCUGAAGAGGGAUAGGCGUUUGACGGAGGUUUGAGUGAACGAACAACCACCACUUGAUAAAAUUUGAAAAAACAAAACAGAAACAUAAAUGCAUCGAUUUUAUUGAAGUACAAAAUGGUGAUUGUUGUUAUUCGGUACGAUAUUUGGUUCGACGGAAAAUACGUGACGGCAAGUAAAACGGAUGACGAUGAAGCGGUUUGUGCUGCUGGGAUAAUGAUCGGUGUUAAACCGUACACCGUUAUCCUUACCGGACGUGAUUACUCCAGUUUCAAGUGUCACUGAAGGAUUAUCUCUCGGGAACCACUACUGCGGUAAGUAGUGGUCUCUCCGAUCGUUUGAAAAGCGAAGUGUCGAGUCCUCGAGACGUCGAGUCCCCGGGCCCUACAGACCGGAAACAUGCGAAGCAAACAACAGCCGAGGCCCUCCUUCCGGUGGCCCCAGCAACGCGGUGGCGAUAACCUCACCGGGGAGGACGGCGUGGAGGGAUCUGGUCCAGGCACGGACCUCCAGGGCGAGGAGGGCGACUGCGCUGAUGAAGACGGCCCCGUGAGUCCCAGCGACCGGGGCUGCGGUGUUCCAGCCAAUAAAGAAGACGAGGAAGGCUCGCCUUCAGAGGAAGACGACGAAGACGAACCACCGACUUCCACUCCACCCCCUGCUGCGUCACCAUUGAGGUCCACGCGGCUUAAUUCCGCAGGACUGAGAGACACCGGACCCCUCGACAGGGAUCCAAUGAGUCCCCGCUGCCCGUCGCGAGAAUCGCGGGAAUCGUCCGGUCCAACAGCCGGAAGUCCUCCCCUCCCACCGCGUAGCAGCGCAAGUCCGGUUAGUCCUACCGGCAUAGUUCCGCUACCACUGGGAGCUCAUCCCCUGUUACCACCGCAUUCGGCAGCGGUGAUGGCCGCCUACAUCCAGCAGACCCACCAGCGGCUUCUCCUGGGACACUCGCCGCUGUCCCGAGGUUCGGUCUCGCCUCUGGUCUCGUCGUCCUGUUCCCCACCAGCGGCAACCCCGGGCCUCCUAGUGUCGCCGAACAGUGGAGGCGACUUGUCUCCAUCUGCGACAACGCUACCAGCAGUGCUGGAUUUCAGCACCAGAAAAGCGUCCUCGACGGAGGAAGAAGAGGACGACACCGCCCUGAACCUCAGCAAACCGCCAACUCCGUCUUCCUCGUCAGAGACGAAUAACGGGCCUCUGGAUCUCUCGGUUCCGAGCCGGAAGCGACCGGGACCGGAAGACUCGCCGCCGCCACCGCCGCGGAAGUCAUCAAGGUUGGCGUCGACAACGAGUCACCAAGAGCCAUACGGACGUCCCGUGGUAUCCCCGUGGACGUCGCCGGUGGUGGCGUCUCACUUUCCGUACUUCGCUGCCGCCGUGGCAGCGGCAACUAGUCAGCAACAGCUAUCGCCUAAGGCCUCGGGGGGCGUGGAUCACCAGCUUUGGAACGGCAAGAUGAAGCCGCCCGCGGCACUCGAGAAGCCCUACCAACCGAGCGACGCGACCAAAGCGCUCGAGAAGAUGAGCGAACUGAGCAAACUCGGCGGCGACGACCUCUACCGACCGGGAAGCGGGAAUUCCGGAUCCGGAAACACCGUAACCGGCUCGAGCAGUCGGCACAGCGCGUGGCAGUCCCACUGGCUGAACAAGGGUGCCGAGCAAGCCAAGGACGUUCUCAAGUGCGUUUGGUGCAAGCAGAGCUUUCCCACCCUCGCGGCGAUGUCGACGCACAUGAAGGAGGCCAAGCACUGCGGCGUCAACAUGCCGGUUCCUCCGCCACCCUCGGCUCUCCACCAGCAGCAACAGCCUCCCCAGAUGCCGAGCAUUCAGGCACCCCAACACCAGCCUCAAACUUCAACCAGCGCGAGCAGCGGGACGCCGAGCAGCAAGCAGAGUCCUUCGGAGUUGAACCUUUUGAUAAAGGAGACGAUGCCGUUGCCGAGGAAACUGGUCAGAGGCCAGGAUGUGUGGCUUGGAAAAGGAGCGGAGCAAACGCGGCAGAUAUUGAAGUGCAUGUGGUGCGGUCAGAGCUUCCGUUCCCUUGCCGAAAUGACCUCGCACAUGCAGCAGACCCAGCACUACACCAACAUCAUAUCUCAGGAGCAGAUAAUCUCGUGGAAAUCAUCGGACGAGAACAAGGGUGGUGGUACCGGUGGCGGAGGUGGGGGUGGAGCUGGGGGUGGCCCACCGACGGGUGGAAGUAGCGGGCACCCUGGUGGCGGGGGACCGGGUUCCGGAGCGACGAGCAGCCACGUGAGCGCCGUGCUUACCUGCAAGGUUUGCGACCAGGCGUUCAGUUCUCUGAAAGAGCUGAGCAAUCACAUGGUUAAAAACUCCCACUACAAGGAGCACAUAAUGCGCUCGAUAACGGAGAGCGGUGGCCGACGUCGGCAGACGAGGGAGAAGCGAAAAAAAUCACUUCCGGUCAGGAAGCUACUGGAGCUUGAGCGGGCGCAGAACGAAUUCAAGAACGGGGAUGCGUCAGGGGGGCUCGGUCACACGCUUGGCAAACACGCGGGCAGAAUAACGUGCGAAAAGUGCGGUGACAAGAUAGAGACGACGAUAUUCGUCGAUCAUAUUCGUCAGUGCAUCGGGGCCGGGGUCGUCGGCAUAAGCCAGAGGAACUUCCUGAAGAACGCCCUGAUGUCGAACCACGCUCCGCCCCCCAGCGGACCCCCCGAAAGCGGCAGGAAGAGCGUCAACGAGGACGCAUCCUCGGUCUCUUCGAGGCAUCACCGCUCACCCUCUUCGGCGAGCGACGCGACGACCCCCGGCAAGGAAACACCGACACCGACACCGACGGAAACCUCGAACUCCUCGCCCUCCGUCCUCAACGCGAUCGAGAAGCUGAUCGAGAAGAGUUUCGACUCGCGGGCGCGGCACGGCGCUUCCGGUCUCCACCAUUCCCAGGCCGGAGCUCCGAUGGGAUCGAGCAUCCUGAAGCGCCUUGGCAUCGACGAGUCCGUCGACUACAUGAAACCCUUGGUCGACCCCCAGUCCAUGAACCUGUUGCGGUCCUACCAGCAACAACACUACAACGCAGCGGUGGCCGCGAGGCGGGAGCGAAGCGGAAGUGAAUCGAGCUCGAUAUCGGAACGCGGCAGCGGGCGAACGGACGUUAUGACGCCGGAGCGUAGGUCGAUGGACCUCUCCGGGGGUCACGAGCGACUCUCCCACCCCCAGCACCACCACCGAUCGGCAGUAACACCGGACAAACAGCCACCGCUUCCGGCGCGGCUUCCGCACCCCGAAGAGUCGGGUGACGAGGAGCAGCAACCGGUGAUAAAGAAAGAGCCUCGGGAGGAUGAGGGCGACGCAACGACCGACGAGAACCUCGAACAGCGUCGGGAUCGCGAUGUCGUCGUGAAGAAGGAGGUACUCGAGGAUCGCGAGGAGGAAGAUCACCAACCGGCCUACAACCACCAGCAGCGGGGUAGCCACCACGACCCGACGACCACCGCCACCUCCGCGGAAGACGAUCGCACGGCCAUGUCACCCCCGGUGAACCCGCCGACCCCGAGACCCAGUUCCGGAGUCGAACAGGUCGCCAGGAGUCCCUGUAGAAACAGCACCAGCAGUCCGACCAGCAGCGAUCGCUCCGUAACUCCGCGAGGAACCCCGGACACCAAGACGUCCAGCAGCCUCGGCGCGCUCUCGUCGAUGUUCGACAGCCUCUCCGGUGGCGGAGGUGGCGGACCUGGGGGCGGGGGGACGGACGCUCAGGGAAGAAAGACGAGCAGUCACCCUCUAGCAGCGCUUCAGAAACUCUGCGACAAGACUGAGACUCGCGGUUCCAGUUCCGGGGGCUCGAGGAGCGGCGCCGGCACCUCGUCGAGCCACGGUCAAACCGGAAGUGGCGGGGGUGGUGGUAGCGGGGGGAACUCGGGGGGUGGAGCGGGCGGUAAUUCGGGGGGUGGAAGCGGCAUGGGACAAGCCCCGGGCUCGACGCCCGGUGCGAUUCUCGCCUUCAGCUGGGCCUGCAACGACGCCGUCGUAACCGCCGAUUCGAUAAUGAAGUGCGCCUUCUGCGACACGCCGUUUAUAUCGAAGGGCGCGUACAGGCAUCACCUAUCCAAGAUGCAUUUCGUCAAGGACGGCGUCAUCCCCGACCCUAUGACCGUGGGCCGGUCACCGUCUCAGGUCCAGUCCUCCUCCGGAGGCCCGGGGCAUUCCGCCCCCUCGCCACCCUCGCAAAGAAACAAGUCACCCCCGAUCCCCCAGCCCAACGGAAGCCCUUCACAGCCGGCCCCCUCGCCCCUCGAGGAAAGUCCCCACUCCAAGUUCCUCAAGUAUACGGAGCUCGCGAAACAGCUUUCGAGCAAGUAUGUAUAGUCCGGGUCGUCCUCCCUUCAUCAGGGUUAGAAGAA